AUGUCGGUGGGCGUAGCAACUCCGAGCAUGACCGCGACGACAGACAUCCUCGGCGGCUCGCCCUUCAAGCCAAGGGACGCAGCUGCAGCGGUCCCGGCCUCGCCCAGCAGCCGCAACGUUCCCAGUGCAAACGACCGCCUGAUGGAGCUGCGGUGGAGCAAUAGCAGAUCUCCCAGCAAGCUGCCCAGUCUGAGCGAUAUCGCCGCACGCCUCAACGUGGACAAGGACCACGCCAACGAGGACGGCGUCCCCCUCUCACCAACCAAGAGCUCCAGCGCCGAGGGACGACCGAGACUCGACCUCACAGGCCGACUGCUUCCGACGACGAACCCGAGCAGCCCCUCGAAGGAUGCAGCACGGCCGACCAACGCGAUACUAGCCCCAUCAAGCCCUUCGAAGCUCAACUCCACCGCGCUAGGAGCGACAGACGGUGCCCCACUGGCAUCCGGCUCCAGCUCGCCGACCAAGCGCCUCGGGCCUAGCGGCCUUCCCAGCCUCGACGAGAUCCGCGAGCGCAUGGCCAAAAAGGGCCUCACCGCCGACACGACCUCGACCAACGGCAAGGAAAACAGCCAGCUGCCAUCGCCCUCGCCGUCGUUCUCGCUGCUCAAGUUUGGCUCCGGUCCGUUCGAAGGAGAGACCAGGAAGAAGAGAGCCUCGCCGCCCCCCGCCAUCUUUAUCCCAGGCAAAGAAGCGCUCCAGACCAGCAACAACUCGGUCAUCAAGGACGAGAGCAUCAUGCGCCUCGGCACCUCGACGCUGCACCUGGGCAAGCCCGCCUCGCCCAGCCGGACCAACAGCUCCGAGCCGCCCAAGGUCGAGCGCACCAUCCUCCGUCCGGGGACAGGGUCGCUGCCGCCCACGCCGUCCUCCGCCGUCUCGAAUUUUGCCAUGUCGGUCACUUCGCCCCAGCCCAAGACGCAUCCGCUGCAGCACAUGUGGUCCCUGUACUUUGACUCGAAGACGUUUAACCCGAGCGCCGCCGUCACGACGCCCAAGUCGUCGACGUUCCCCCCGUCCGAAGGGGCCCAGGAUGCGGCGACGUCCGAGCCUCCGGCGACUCCGACGGUGUCGAGCGCCUCUUGGGAGGCCAACCUCAAGUGCCUCGGAGCAUACCGCACCGUCGAGGCCUUUUUCGGCACGUUCAAGACGCUGCGACGACCAUCGCAGCUCGACAAGAGCUCCAACUACCACAUCUUCAAGGACGGCAUUAAGCCGAUGUGGGAGGACCCGUGCAACGCCGACGGAGGCAAGUGGACGCUCACCUUCCGGCAGAGCAACCCAGGCCUCACCGACCGCAGCUGGAUGUGGCUGGUGCUUGCGCUCGUCGGCGAGGAGCUCGACGACAACGACGAGGUGACCGGUGCCGUCUGCAGCCUGCGUCCGCGCGGCGACCGGAUCUCUGUGUGGCUGCGAUCCAAGAACAAAGUGGACCGCGUCAACCAGAUUGGCCGCAAGGUGCUCCAGCUGCUCGAGCUCGAAAACGAGCCUGGCGUCACGCUCGAGUUUGGCAGCAACACCGGAGCGCCCCUCGAAGGGCCAAGCAAGUUCAUCAGCGUCCAGAACCCGGUCACGCCCGGCGCCACCUUUGCCGGUUCCUCGGCAGCCCAGCGCAGGCAGACGUUCCAGGGAUCCGUGCAGAUCAAGGGAGCGCUGGCCAGCCCCAACGGCAUCUUUCAGCAGCCGCUGCGCUCGCCGCAGCCCUUGCCCAACGGUGGCCUCCAGCAGCAGCAGCAGCAGGCGGGGCCCGCCGUGCCUCGCCUCUCGCCCGACCGCAGCCCAGAGCGGCGGGGCACCCACCCGCUCCCCCGCAACCCUUCGCCCGGCAGCCUCGGAUCGAGCCUCGGCGUACAGCUCGGGAGCUCCAUGGGGGGUGUACCAGGCUUCGACCAGCAGCAGCAGCAGCAGCAGCAGCAGCGUGGCAUGAGCCCAGGCGGAGGUCGCUUCGGCCCGCCGCUCAGCGUGGCCGGCGCCGGUGCGAUGCCGCGGUCGCCCCUCGUCCGAACGCCCAGCUCCCUCAUCCCGAACCCCAACCUUCCCAUGAAGGUCCAGGCCGAGAGGAUGGCCACCUGA